GUUCUACUAGAGCAGAGUUAAGCUAGUCAUCGCCGGAUAGGAAGGGAGUGAAGAGAAGACGCAGCAAAAAUGGUGUCGGGAUCGGGAAUCUGCGCUCGUAGAGUGGUGGUAGACGCGAGGCACCAUAUGUUGGGACGGCUGGCGUCCAUCUUGGCGAAGGAGCUGCUCAAUGGUCAGCGAGUGGUUGUUGUCCGCUGCGAGGAAAUCUGCCUCUCCGGCGGCCUUGUCCGUCAGAAAAUGAAGUACCACCGCUUCCUCCGCAAGCGCAUGAACACCAAGCCCUCCCACGGCCCCAUCCACUUCCGCGCACCGUCUAAGAUUCUCUGGCGCACCAUCCGAGGAAUGAUUCCGCAUAAGACGAAGAGAGGAGCUGCGGCGCUGGCUCGAUUGAAGGUGUACGAGGGUGUUCCUCCGCCGUAUGAUAAGGUGAAGCGGAUGGUUAUUCCUGAUGCGCUCAAGGUAUUGAGGCUCCAGGCUGGGCACAAGUACUGCCUGCUGGGUAAGCUUUCAUCUGAGGUUGGCUGGAACCACUAUGACACCAUCAAGGUUCUAGAGAAUAAGAGGAAGGAGAGGGCCCAAGCUACAUAUGAGAGGAGGAAGCAGUUGACAAAGCUUAGGGUCAAAGCUGAGAAGGCUGCAGAGGAGAAACUCGGUUCCCAACUUGACAUCCUAUCCUCAGUGAAGUACUAAAUUGAGUUAGUAGAUCCUAAAUCUUAAAUAUAGUAUUAAGUAGCCUUGGAAUUUCAGAGACAAUGGUAUUGAGUGGAACAUUUUCUUGUGGCUGUAGUACAAUUUUUGUGUUACAUGUGACAAAUUAUUUGCUUGAAGCUGUUUUGUUCUUCAUUUUGUUCUCAA